AUGGUCAUUGUCAACAAGUCCGGAGUUCAUUGCCUGGAGGUUCGAUGCUGUGAAUGUCUGAAUGCCAUGAGUCCGGACAUUCACAUGCCAAAGACUGUGUUCACCUUCAGAGUGCUCAAUGAUUUUCUACUGGACAGCCUUGAAUGCGGCACCUCGGCGAUGAACUAUUACAGCAAGCUCCGGCAAAUGACCUCCAGCAUGUUUCCACACCUUGUUCCAGACCGAUACAGAGAGCUCAUGAGGGUCGCUCGACAGUGGAGGCAGUUGAAGACAAUGAAAUGGCAUGGCUUUGGCCAUCAUUCUGAUAACCCGAGCACAGGAGAACUCGCAUUAUUUUGCCCGGCAUGUCCUCAGCCUGGGAUUGAUUCAUUUGUGAUGGACGGAAAUUUCAAAGCUGAACAUCUGCAUCCCAUUAAGCCAUUCAAUGAAGUUUGGCUGUCCGAUGGGCUUGGAUUCAUGAUAGGAAAGGACAGGUAUAAAAUGCAUCUGGCAGAGGCUGCUGACACAGUGGAAAAAUCAAGCUGCAACAAUCACCGGGCAGUAAAUCAAGCUAAUGCUGCUCAGCACAAGCUGGAGUCCACCGGUAUCGGGGGAGUUGCCUGUGCCAGACACGGUUGCUUUGUCCCUCACUCCAUGGUGGAUUUUCAGAAAGGCAAAAGGCAAGCCACAUCCACCAUUCCCCAUUCACAAGUUAACCAUGGGUCACUUGCAGACAAAUAA